GGCGCAGAGGGGGCGGCGGCUCCGGGAGCUGCACCGGGAGCUGCACCGGGAAUUGCACCGGGAGCUGCAGACAUGCCGGGACUGCUGCUGGGGGAUGAAGCGCCCAACUUCGAGGCGGACACCACGCAGGGCCGCAUCCGCUUCCAUGACUUCCUGGGAGACUCGUGGGGCAUCCUGUUCUCCCACCCGCGGGACUUCACCCCCGUGUGCACCACGGAGCUGGGCCGGGCGGCCAAGCUGGCGCCAGAGUUCAGCAAGCGCAACGUGAAGAUGAUCGCGCUCUCCAUCGACAGCGUGCAGGACCACCUCUCCUGGUGCAAGGACAUCAACGCCUACAACGGGGAACAGCCUGCAGAGAAGCUGCCCUUCCCCAUCAUUGCUGACAAGAACCGGGAGCUGGCCGUCAAGCUGGGCAUGCUGGACCCCGACGAGCUGGACAAGGACGGGAUGCCCCUGACCGCCCGUGUGGUGUUCGUUUUCGGCCCGGAUAAGAAGCUGAAGCUCUCUAUCCUGUACCCAGCCACCACUGGGAGAAACUUUGAUGAGAUCCUGAGAGUGGUGGACUCCCUGCAGCUCACAGCUUACAAGAAGGUCGCUACCCCUGUGGACUGGAAGCCCGGUGACAGCGUCAUGGUGGUGCCCACCUUACCUGACGAGGAAGCCAAGAAGCUCUUCCCCAAAGGAGUCUUCACCAAGGAGCUCCCGUCGGGCAAGAAGUACCUGCGCUACACCCCGCAGCCAGAGUGAGGGCUGUCUGUCCGUCUGUCCGUCCUGCUGGGAUGCCAGAGCCUUCCUGAGCCCGGCUCCUGCCCCUCUGACACAGCCUGGCACCGUCACGCUGCUGGUGCGGUACUAAACCAGCCCUCCUGUCCCUUCCACCCCCAGAGCUAACCCCGGCUGCUUUCCUGCCCGGCAAGGACGAGAUGAGCAGAGCAGUGGGGACUCUGGGGCUGCUGCUCUGGUGUCUGUCCCGUGUGGUCCCAGCCAAGCUUCUCCCAGGGCUGUGCUGAGAAGGGGUGUCCUGCUGGGACAGGGAGCUUUGGGAGCUCCAAGCUGCUGUGUGCCUCUCAGAGCAGCCAUCUAACCUUUGGUCCCAUGAGUAGGGGAGGAGCUGCAGAGCCAAAUCUCUCACUUCUUAACUGCUUUCUCAUCUCUUGCUGGAAGGUGAUUGUUUUCAGGUUUUGUGGAAGAGGGAAUCGAGCAAAUAAACUGACCUUCAGUACUA